AGCAGGGUGCACGUGCAUCGGAGGCUGGCGCAAACACACUUCCGACAUUCUAGCAAACUGAUUGUCGCAUACUGUUGGCAGGGCGCGCGCUGUUUAUCAAAGCCUAUCGACGCCUGAGCAUCUCUGGCACACACACCAGUAGCCUACCUUUACAUGGAGAACGUUGUCUUUGCCGUUUUCAACUUUCCAGGCACCACAGAAGAGGACCUGCCCCUCACCGCCGGCGAGCGCAUUGAAGUUCUUUCCCGGGAUGAUGACUUUGGUGAUGGCUGGUGGGAGGGUCGUUCGCUAGAGACUGGCCGAGUCGGCCUCUUCCCAAAGAUAUACACAGCGGAACACAUGCCUUCACCGAGUCUCAUUGCGACAAGCGCAGCUAGCCUGCAGAAUGAGAGCCUCUCCGACCUCCAACCACCGCUCAAUGGGACAGAAGAAUUCAGUGCAUAUGAAGCGGCGCCCAUAGACUUGGACCGGAUGCUCGACCCGGACAGCUCUUACAAUGCCCCCGACGACGCGUUGCAAGAUACGCACGAGUCAGAAUCGCACGCUCAAAGUCGACACUCAGCCGGAUCUGAUGCACCUGACGAAGCAGAACGUCCCAAAAGCGCAGGUCUGCCCCUAGAUAUCGAAGUCUGGACACCAGAGCAGGUUUCGCAACACUUUGCGCACUUAGGGUUCGACUUGGCCCAAAAGUUCAAGGAACACGAAGUGAGUGGACAUGUCCUGCUAGCAAUGCAUCAUGCAGACUUGCGCGAGAUUGAUAUUGUCGCAUUUGGUAAAAGGUUCGAGGUGAUGCGAGAGAUUGACAAGCUGCGUUCCCAGCAGUCAACGCCACAUGCGGAAAAUCAAAGUUCCGAAAUAACGUCUCGGCAGCCCCUUGCUCCUGAGAAUCCACGGCCAAGUUACGAGAGAACAAAAGUGGUUGAUGGUGUCCAGCAUUUGCGCAUCAACACGAAUACUGCGAAAGAUAUGAACUCUGUCGCUUCCCCCAUUGGCCAUACGACGCCUGCACUUCAGAUUGCAGGUGGCAUCGAUGUUCCGCGCACUGCAUACUCAGCAAUGACAAGCAGUCCCGGAUCGUCCCCGACGAAAUCGCACAAGAAAGCACUCUCAACAUCGUCACUUGCAUUUGGCAACAACGGUGUUGACAAGCACCAUUCUCGCGCCUGGUCUCAUGAUACAAUUAAAACUUCAUCCGCUAUUGAAUCCGAUGCGCGCCGUUCUGAUGCUCUCGGCUCAGUGCCAGAGCUGAAUGGAUCAGUCGCAUCCACAGAUUCAUCCAGCGAUCUCAAAUCACCUAGUUUUGCAUCACCGUCGAGCGCAGGUCAAUCACAUUCUUCACCACGCGCUGGCACAUCAUCGUCCGGCCUGCAACAAAAGCGCUCCAUUCUGGGGCGCCGGCAACCCAAGUGGCGGCCAAACGCAGUCUCCGAGAAUCUUGAACAAUUGCCUGUUGCCGAGGCAGUGAAAGCUGCCGACUUUUCAGGCUGGUUAAGAAAGAGGAGUGAGCGCAACUAUCAAUGGAAUUUGCGUUUUUUUGUACUUAAAGGCACAAGACUCGCGUAUUACUUGACAGAUGAAGACACUCAGGAGCGCGGUAUAAUUGAUAUCAACGCUUACAAGGUUCAACAAGUCGAAGAUCUUCUAUUCUACGGACCUGCAAAAUUGACUUUCAAGGUGGUGCCUCCAGCGCCUGGUGCCAGUCGCAGCCUGAACUUCACACCGCCAAAGACUGUCUAUUUCAAUGCAGAGUCAGCGACGCUCAUGCGAGAGUGGAUGACUGCCAUGACUAAAGCCACAAUCGGUAGAGACUGGUCGACUCCAGUCAUUUCUUCAUGCACGACCAAGACAAUUUCAUUGAAAGCAGCACAAGAGCAGCGCAGGAAGCCAGCGACAGUGGGACUAUCUGGCGCACUAGAGCCGGUACACGAUGGUGUAGACGACGCAGAAGAGCUGGAAGGAGCGCAAGGCGAUAGGCCUGGCUUGCAGCGACAAGCCAGUGGCGCAAGUCUCAGUAGUCUGCGAAAAGCAGUGAUGGGUGCUGCGACCUGAAGUAGCUCUCCAUUUGGCCGCGGGAAUUGGCGAGUGUGCUAGAAUU